AUGUUUACAAAGUUUCUUAACAGUGUUUUACUGAUAGGAUUUUUUGUGACAUUAAAUAAUACUUUAGUAAUUGUGUCACAAAAUCAACCGAAAAAUCAAUCGCUAUAUUUGUGGCAAAAUCUGAGUCUAUAUGCAAACAAUUGGAGUAAAGAAUUUGUCGCAAUUCAUAAGCCAUUUGUCGAAGAAGUAGUUCAAUCAAGUAAUGUAUCGCAUAGUUGUUCACAAAGUUUAUCUGCAACUCUGGAUGCUAUCGUUAGACUAGAAGACUGGUCACUAUUGAUGGCCAAUUCCUGGCCAACAAUACCACCAAUAGGUAUAUUUGAAGGAACAGUUACCGACUUAGGAGCCUAUGAUCAAUGUUUGGCUAUUGUUGAUAAUGAGGUGUUAGGAUCAGCUCAGUAUUGUUUGCUAGACUUCAAGUUUCCAUUACCCGAACCGAUGGCCAAACAACACAAUUUGUUUCAUCAAAUUAAUGAUUUACUUCCGGCUAAUAAUAGUUCACAAAUUAACACAACAAACAAUGCAUUGAAUAUUAUUGCAAAAGAGGCGUCAAUUUUCUAUUGGAUUUCAUUACGAUUAGGCAUUUGUACGCCAAAUAAAUGUAAUACUAAUGAGAUCUCAUCAAUGGCUAAAUAUGUGGCAGCUAAAUCAGGAGUUCAACUAAAGUCAGUUAAUUGUGAACUAAAAUCCAAAUUAUCUUUAAAACCUAUACAUGUUUUUGCAAUAUCUUUUAUAGUUAUUUUCUGUGUGAUGUGUACUUUGGGUACAAUUAAUGACUUUCAAAAGAAUUCAAAUGGAUAUAAAUUUAUAAAAAUAUUUUCAUUGAAUCGAUCUGUUCAUCGAUUGCUAGCUCCGACCUCAUCAUCGGAUCUGUCGUGUAUUCACGGUAUACGAGUCUUGUCUAUACUUUGGAUAUUAUAUGGACACACCAUACUGUGGAAUAACAACCAAUUGGCCGCCCAAAGUUUUCACGGAAAACAUUUAUUAACACAAUUCAUGGCUCAACCCUUAUUGAAUGGAGUCUAUGGUAUCGCCACUUUCCUAUUGAUUAGUGCUAUCUUAACAACCUAUAUAUGCUUAACUGUUACAAACAAUAAUCGUAAAAAUUUUUCAAUCAUUGGAUACAUUGUAUUACGUUUGGCCCGACUUUGGCCACAGUUAAUGAUAUUUAUAUUGUUGACAUUUUUGUUGCCACUGACCGGUUUGGGUCCCGUCUGGUCCGAGGUUGUGGGCGACACUGUUGGCAAAUGUAUGGACAAUUGGUGGCUAAAUAUGCUGCUAAUACAGAACCUCUAUAGAUCCGAUCGCAUGACUUAUUUGACACUGAUAUGGAUAACAAUACUAUUGGCUUAUUGUAUGCCAUUGUGGGACAAAGUUUAUUGGAUGUACGGCCGCCACUACACGCCAUUAGUCGGUACUAUUGGCUAUCAAAUGUUUCAACUGAUUUGGUCGGUGUGUACAUCACUAAUGAUAUGGCUGUGUGUAUCUGGCAAUGGAGGUCUGGUCAACCAAUUGCUAUCAAUGAAGCCGUUCAUACCGUUAGGACGGCUUACAUAUUCAGUGUAUUUAUGUCACGCUUGGCUGAUAUGGUAUUAUGUCGGUACCCGACGACACUUGACUGAUGUAUCUCAGUAUAAUAUUUUGAUAAAUUUCACUCACAUUACAGUCAUGUCAUAUAUUACUGGUUUUGUAUUUUAUGUAUUAUUUGAAUCGCCUAUAAUUGAGUUACAAAAUCAUUGA